AUGGCAUCCAGGAAACGUUCAUCUGAAUCAGGCUCUGGCCUCGAUCACCUUCAGUCCAAGAAGACUAAGGUCAGCACUGCAGCGGAAGCCAAGACUGACUCUAAUGGAGAUCGCUACUGGGAGAUAUCCAAGAUGCGCCGUAUCACCAUAUCUUCUUUCCGUGGGAAGACCCUGGUGAAUGUUAGGGAAUACUAUGAGAAGGAUGGGCAGGAGUUGCCUGGUAAAAAGGGUAUCUCCCUGCCCGUGGAUCAAUUUGCUGCCCUCAUCUCCAUUCUGCCCGAUAUUGAGCAGGUGUUGAAAGAAAGUGGAGAAUCUGUGCCUCGACCUGUCUAUUCGACCGAAGGAGAUCAGUCCGACAAAGGGAAGGAAGAACAGGAUAUUGCGGACAACAAAAGUCCAUCAAAGCAGAAUAUUGAGGCAACAAGUGAUGAGGAGAGUGAAGCAUAA